GGAGCGAAGCGAGGGGGAAGCCCAAGGGAGGAGCUGCUCGUUGCAGCGGCGGCAGCAGCAGCAGGAGGAAGGAGGAGGAGGAGGAGGAGGGAAAAGGAUGCAGAGCCCGGCCAGCAGCUGACCCCGGGGGGGGAGCCCGGCCAUGGCCUUCCUGGGGGGGCCCCGGCUCCUGGACUGGGCCAGCUCCCCCCCUCACCUGCAAUUCAACCGCUUCGUGCUGACGGGCUACCGACCGAUCAGCACCGGAUCCGGCUGCCUCCGCAGCCUCUUCUACCUGCACAACGAAUUGGGCAACAUCUACACCCAUGGUAUCCCUCUGCUGGGGUGUCUCUUUGUGUUGCCCUUGACCAUUCCGUGGACCCGACUCUCAGUCUCAUGGUUAGGAAUAGCGCACUACCUGGCUUGCGUCUUCCCACAGCUUGGCAGUGUGCUCUACCACCUCUUCAUGAACCACGAGGGAGGCCCCGCUGUCUACCAUACCUUGCUCACCCUUGAUAUGUGCGGGGUAUGCAUGGUCAACACCUUGGGUGCUCUCCCCAUCAUCUAUUGCACGCUGGCCUGCACCCCGAUUCCCCGCACGGCUGCCCUGCUGGCCUACACGGGCUUGUCGAGCUACGGCAUCUUCUGCGCGGUGACUGCCAGCUCCAGCGUCCGCCGCCUGCGGGCUUUUGCCUGGCAAGCCCUCUUCCGCUUCUUCUUCUUCUACCUGCGAUGGGUGGGACUGGGCACCGGCCACCCUUCCUCUCUGCGCUCAUACCUCAUAAUGGACGGCUUGGCCUUUCUCGGGGGCGUCAUCAACAUCUCGCGGGUGCCUGAGCGCUGGAAGCCGGGCCGCUUUGACUACUGGUUCAACAGCCAUCAGAUAAUGCACGUGCUGGUGGUGGUCAGCAUCCUUUAUCUCCACUGGGGAGUAGUGGCUGAUCUGCAGUGGAUUGGCAACCACGCCUGCCCCAUGGAAUGAAUGACUGCAUCAUGUCCGGGUCCCACCCUUCCCAUUGAAGAGCCCCACAGAUUUAAGAUGUGGGGUAGGCCACAAGUUCCCGUCAAUCAAAGUCUUUGACAAGGGCUGACAGACAAGGAAGGACUUUUUCUUUUCUUUUUUAUACAACUCACUUAGAACAGGGUGGUGUUGUUUUUUCGUUCUUGGGGUUAUGGUUUCCCAUUGCUUUGAGUAUCUGUGGAUAAACAUACCAUAUAUAGGAUUUGGAAACCUUGGGGUCUACAGCAAUGGAUUUCCAUUGGUUGAGGUGCUUCUAGAUUGUGGUGUUCAGCUGUUCUUCCAAAAUGCCAUCCAGGGUGGGUGGCCUUGUAAGCAUUCUUGGGUUAAGAAGAAUUCUAAAUUGCUGACCUGUAGCCUUGUAACUUGUGAGAAGCUAUUGAUGGCGCUAGCAAAAGUUAUCCGUACCUGAAGCCACUUGCAUCAAUUCUUGCUGGCUGCAGGCUUUUCUGCAUCAGAGCUAGACUUCCUUAGCUUUGGUGGUGGUCAAGGAAGAACACCAUUGUUUUGGACAUCUUUUUCACCUGUUUUGAGGGUGACAUAUGCACUGGGCGAAUAGGAAUUCAAUGGAAUACACUUGUUCUGAGUACAGCCUCUCUGCUUUAUAGAGACCAGUUAUUUAAAUAGACUUUUUAUCCAGGUAUCUUUCAGACACCAUGCAAUACUUUUAUUUUAUUUUUUUAAGGGCUGGUUAGAUGCCUGGGUAUUGAGGUCUGCUGCACUGAGUGUUGGUAAGGACCUUGAGGAAAGGAAUGGGUGGGAUACAGCUAGUCUGUUAUGGAAGAUGCUCUGUAUACAUUCAUUUGCUCUGAAAUAACUUGAAGCACUGAACCAGCUCCCCCCCUCACUCCUCCGGAGGGGUAAUUAGCGGCCUUGAUACUAGAUUGGGUGGAAGGAAGGUCUAGUCCAGAUUUCCACUUCUGGUUCUUCUCAUCAAAUCUGGGUCUAUGGCUGACUUGCAACAUGCUUCAGCUUCCCCUUUCUCUGGGGGGGGGGAUUUGGGAAUCACCUUGCAAUGUCUGUUUUCCUGUUGAACCCCACCUACUGCUUUCACAGCUAUACCUAUUAGCCAGAGUGGGUACUUUCCAGCGCUUAGUUCAGCAUAAAAUGGGAAAAGGGAUUUCUCCAUUUCUAGAUAGAGAUGACUGCAGCUGCUGUUAACCUAAAGUCAGUUGCUGCUGUCUUCUUCCUCUGUCUUCCUAUUCACGGUUGGACAGAAGGCCACCUACCCAUAUUUCCAAAUUCCAGUUCACUUCCUUCACAGGCUGCAGAAUUAGUCCAGCUGGCCUACCUGGUCAGUUAUGAGAAGAAAUAGCUACAUUUUUAACUUAGGGCUGUGGUCAGCAACUAGAUUUCUGAGUGGUCCAUUUUGCAAGCAUGGGGACAAAAGGCUGCACCCCCGUGGCCUUCUAGCAACGCUGUGGCCGUCUGUUUGGCCCAGGGACCUGAGCCAUAAUUUAGGCCACCCUUUUCCAGCUAGCUACCCUCCAGAGGUUUUAGUCUGCAACGCAAGUGCAACUGUGUGCUGGCUGCAGCUGAUAAGAUUUGUACUCCAAGAUAUAUAGAGGGCAACAGGCUGGGGAAGGCUGAUAUAGGUACUCAGCCAUUGCAAGUGGGGAAAAUAACUCAACCCACAGCAGUUUUUAAACUUGUUUCUUGAUGUACUGGGCCCAUAAAACACACUUUCACAUUUGGGCUCUAAAUGAUAAGGUGAAUGGUUCUUCAGCUAGAGUUCAUUCUAAUUUUUAUGGCAGAAGUUUUUAAGUCCCCAUGUCUUUUGUUUGGCCUCAAUGGAACACACCCAAACUAGUUCACGGAAAUCAGCAUCCCAAUCCAUGUUGGGUAGCCCUUAUGAAUAAA